AUGUACCAAAGUGUUGGUCGAACAGACGAUGAGGACGGUCCAAGUCUUCCCACCAGUGAGAAAAUAGAAUCACUUAACUUGGGUUUAGUACACGUAAAACGUAAGAUAACGCUUGAGCUUAGACUGAUGGCGGAUGCCCGCGCGCCGAAAAACAAUGACAUAAUCGAACAUAACUAUACUUUUAGCCAGACGAGUUUGAGUCUGUACCUGAAAAGUCCCAAAAAUAAUUUAAGCAUUACAGACUGUACCUAG